UUUUUUAAAAAAAGCAUGUGUUGUUCACUUAUUAUUGACUUUUCAGCAUUAUCACCGCUGAACACUCAGAUUUCUUCUUGCCUACAUUUUAUUGCAUUCUGCUUGUUGUUCCAGGGUGGAGAGAAGCUGCAGGAUGCCUACUACAUUUUCCAGGAGAUGUCGGACAAGUACUCAUCUACACUGCUGCUCCUCAACGGGCAGGCAGCCUGUUACAUGGCUCAGAACAAGUGGGAGGAGGCUGAAGGAGUGCUACAGGAGGCACUUGACAAGGACAGCAGUCACUCUGAGACGUUGAUCAACCUCAUAGUGCUAACUCAGCACAUGGGCAAAGCUCCCGAGGUAACCAAUCGGUACCUCUCUCAGCUGAAAGAUGUGCACAGAGCCCACCCAUUUCUCAAAGACUACUUAGCCAAGGAGAAUGAGUUUGACAGACUAGUGAUGCAGUAUGCAUAG